CCUGUUGUUAUCAACCAUCAUAAAUGUGCGCUACUCGCUCCCUAAGUUCUCCCUCCCAUCGACGCAGCAGCGAACAAUAGCCGCCCAUGCAAAUCGAAUCUACCCUCUAUCCACCCUAAAUUUUCGAGGCACCACCCCUCCUGUAACUACUACUACUACUGCUGCAGCUACUAUUAGUACUACAGUACCGACCAAAAAUACAGCACGCACAGAAAAACCGAGCCUCCGUCAACGAACCCACGCCGCUCGCUCACGUACAAUCGAUACGAGACCAUCCGGUUUUCGGUUCUAAACAUUUUUUCCUCUUCAAGAGUUUGUGUGUGUUUUUUUUUUGUUUAUCCGACCACGUGCAUACUUUUAUAAAUAGACUGUAUUGUAUAGCGACCAGUCGAAUAAAACUGUAACGUGAAUAUUAUUAUAUUGCGCAAAUAUAUUGGCAUUCUGCACGGAUCGAAACCCAUGUGCGUGUUGCGGAGAAAGAAUCAUUGAAGGUCUUCGUCGACAGUAUUUAUUUAAAAGAAUCCAAACUGAAGCUUGACGGCAGUAUGAUGUCCAACGGGUUAGACGCCGGCGUUGUGGGACAACAGAAUGGCAGCACCAACGUCCAGGGUGGUGGCCAGGAGGAGUCAAAGACGAAUCUCAUCGUCAACUAUUUGCCCCAAACCAUGACACAAGAAGAAAUCCGAUCGCUCUUCUCGAGCAUCGGUGACGUAGAGAGCUGCAAACUCAUCAGAGAUAAAGUCACAGUUCCGGUCGGAGAAUUGAGUAGUCCGUUGGUUGCAGGGCAAAGUUUGGGGUACGGAUUUGUAAACUACCACCGGCCAGAAGAUGCAGAAAAGGCCAUAAACACCCUAAAUGGUCUGCGACUGCAAAACAAAACAAUCAAGGUGUCGUACGCAAGGCCAAGUUCAGAAGCAAUCAAAGGUGCCAAUUUAUACGUGUCUGGUUUACCUAAAAACAUGACACAACAGGAUCUUGAAUCUCUCUUCAGCCCUUAUGGCCGAAUCAUCACAUCAAGAAUCUUAUGCGAUAACAUCACCGUACGUCAAUUUGUCACGGGGGCCGGAGAGAAUUUGCCUGGCCUUUCGAAAGGAGUGGGAUUUAUCAGAUUCGAUCAAAGAAUGGAAGCUGAAAGAGCCAUCCAGGAGUUGAACGGAACUAUCCCGAAAGGAUCUACGGAGCCCAUCACCGUGAAGUUCGCGAACAACCCCAGCAACAACAACAAAGCGAUUCCGCCCUUGGCCGCGUACUUGGCUCCACAGGCGACGCGUCGCUUCGCUGGACCAAUCCAUCAUCCGACUGGUCGAUUCAGGUACUCUCCGCUGGCCGGAGACCUGUUGGCCAACUCGAUGUUGCCUGGAAACGCAAUGAACGGAUCCGGAUGGUGCAUAUUUGUUUACAACCUGGCGCCGGAGACCGAGGAGAACGUCCUGUGGCAGCUGUUCGGGCCCUUCGGAGCAGUACAAAGCGUGAAAGUGAUUAGGGACCUGCAAACAAACAAAUGCAAAGGGUUCGGCUUCGUCACGAUGACAAACUAUGACGAGGCUGUGGUUGCCAUCCAGUCCUUGAAUGGUUACACACUAGGCAACCGUGUGUUGCAAGUAAGCUUCAAAACUAACAAGAGCAAGACAACAUAGAGCGCGCUAUCGCCUCCCCUUCCCAUCGGAUCCCGCCCAGUUCGCCCUUCAACCCUCUAGUAUUUAAUUUAUUAAUUUAUUACUGCAUCACUUGAGUCAUGUGAUCUGUUAGAUAUUUAAUGCGAAAGGGCUAGCAGGGCGGGAUGCGAUUCGAUUCCCCACGACCACCAAAACCCCACACCGUACACUCCCCCACACCCCUCGAGGGAUCCCCCGCAAAUGAAUUAAACUAAGAAAAUGAGAAAAAAAACAUAAAAUGAAACACGAUGCAAGAAGUAUUGAAAACAGACAAGAAAGAGAUAUAUAUAUAUAUACCCCUCCUAAUGAGGUUUCUAACGAAUCUCGCUGUACUUAAAAAAAAAUAAUUAAAAAAUACGAUGCUAGUCAGAAGUGCGAGCGCGCAUUUCCCAUAGCAAAUUAUGAGAUCUGUAUUUGUUGAAGGAAGAAUGAAUGAAAAAUUUCGUGCCAUCUCUCUGCGAUUUGAGAUUGUUGGGAGUCACCCCAAAGAUACAGAUUAUGCAUAGUAAAUUAUUAAUCAUAUAGUAUUUAUUGAUUUUUUUCCGUAUUGUAACUCUUAUGAUUUGACUUUUAGUAAUUAAUUUACGUUACAUUGUAUUUAUAUGUAUGUGUUUUGUGUAUUUAUAUAUGCAUAUAUCCCUAGUCUCAAGAGCGGCGUCUCCGGGGUUGCUACGCGCGAACGACCAUCUGAUGGUCGUACCUGGGGGACGUUUGCCUAUAAAAUAUUUGUGUUUGAAGAAAUGAUAGAGGUUGGAAAAGUAAUAAUAAUAAUUGGGGCCGGAUCGGCGGUCUGCCCAGAACAAAAAAAAAACUAAUGAACUUCGUUCAAGAAGUUUAGAAAUAUAUAUAUAAAUAAAAA